CCGACAGUUCUUCCCCUCCAACAUCCUCACUUUACUCACUAUCAAGCAUCUUUACUUGGAUUACACCACUCUACUAAAACCUCCAAAUAUCAAGGUCUACCAGUCACUCAACUAUGCCUCCUCCAUCCUUAGGCCUCUUUGGGAAGCUUCCGUCAGAGACGCGGUUGAUGAUCUGGGAGUCAGUAAUUGGCCAUUCUUUCAACCUAACCACCCUCCUCCGGACAUCCCGCGGCAUAUAUGAAGACCUCGCAGAACGUAUGUACGACAAGUGGGAUGUGUAUAUCCAUCCAUGCUACGGUGGACACUGGAUGGACCCGGCAUACCACAUCAUAUACUGCCGCCGCCUGAAGAUCACUUGGCGAUGGUGUACCGUCUACUCAGAGCAUCCCAUCCACCGCCAAAAAUUCCCCUUCCACAAGGCACAGCUCUUCGUCCACAUCCUGCCUCCCGAUCCACAGGAGCCGGGAGAGAUUGUGUCGUUGUGGAAGAAGCUGAAUACGAUGGUGCGCACGUUGAAUGCCCAGGCGGAGCAUCCCAAAAAUAUUGUGGUUUGCCUCGACCAUUCCCGCCGUCGUGACUGGCAGAUGGAUGGCAAAGCCGUCGAGUCCAUCUGCUAUCCCGGUGAUCGCCGCCCCGAUCAUAACAUUGUUUUUCUGCCGUUCUGCCAGCUGCAAAACAUCGGACGCAUCAGGGUACAGGCUGAAACAUGGCAGCUCGAUGAGAUUGCAGACUGGGCCCUAAUCCAAUAUGGCUGCGACUUUCUUGUCCACGGCGGCUGUGGGGAGCAUGAGGACUCGGAUCACAGCCGCAAUCCGGAGUAUCGCAAGUUCGCACGUGUAUUCGGCAACCUUCAGGCACUGGUCAUGGACACGGACUUUUUCCUUGACACGCGACUGGAUACGCUCCCGGGACGGGUGGCUGCGAUGCUCCGCCGCGACCGAUUCGCCGGCUGGUUUGGCUUUCAUCAAUUCCCUCGCGACUCGCCAUACCAACAAAAGUGUCUCGAGACCAUCCGAAAGUGCCCUCGGGCUGUCAAUACCCAUGACCCUCGCCUGGAGCAAAUGCUGCGCCGAUACCGAGCCUUCCGGCUUCUGUAUUGGACGGUGCCACAACCCAAGCUUGAGAGACAAGUCCGACAACGUACUGAAGCAUGGCAGGCUCAUUAUAUCAAUGGGAUUUUCGUCUUGACGGAGGAUCAACUAGAGGCGGAAGAGGAGCGCCAACGGAACGCCCGGAAACACUACCCGUAUGAACGGCCUGGGGAAUACUGUGAGUUCGAUGCGGCCAUCCAUGCGUAUGUCGGCCGCAACUGUGGCGGCAACUGGCCGAUGAGACGACCGCGCUACGAGAGCAGGUGGUGUCCAGACUGCCGGCAUGUCGGCUUCGUGUUCGGGUGUGGGAAUGGGUGUAAGGAUGAUGCCUUCUAUUGGUUUCGUCCUUGGCAUAUGAACGAAGUUGAUCCUCCAGAGAGCGAAUGGGAAUAUACCGAUAGCUCUGAUGAUGAAAGUACGAGUGUCAUCGUAGAUGCGUGCGGGACCUUUUCUGAUUGUGCAAGUGAUACAUCCGAGGGUUGUUGGAGUGAUGAUCGUCUUCUUCAAGUGUACUUCUCCUGAGUCUCGAUAUUCACUUGCUCUUCCAUCAUGUAUCCAAGCACACAAAUAGUCAAUUUU